CAUCCGUGCACCCACUCUCCAGGCAGUAGUGGUGGAUAAAACCGUUCAUUUCAGUCAGCCGGAUAAUUUUGGUUCAUUCCGUAAAAAGAUCCGUUCAUUUCGGUCAAUUGGUCGUUAGCCUGUGAUCUCCCCCUGUUCAUUCCGACUCAACAGCGCAACAACACGUGAUGCCUAGUGGUGUGAAUGAACGUUUCAAAAGAACUAGUUAUUUUUGUGAACGGAAUGAAUGAGGUCGCCGAUAGGAUAAGACAGGCAAGCACGCAGAUAGUCCCGCCCUCCAAAAAAAGAAACGGUGAACUAACUCUCCAGCCAAUCAAAAAAAAGCAUUUGCAACUGAACGGACUGAACAGGUAUGUUAGGGGCGGAGACCUCGUUCAUUCCGUUCACUAAAAAGAACUAGUUAUUUGGUCCCGUUCGUUCAUGGUCGACACACCACUACCAGGCAGGACCAAUCAAUUUAUACCAAAUUGAUACAGCAUGUCGAGCUACAGCCGCCAGAGGCAAGACUUCGGCUCGCCCCAAACUCGACCAGUCCGCCAGAAGUUAACCUUCAUAGCUAGCGAUGGAGAGGAAGAGCCAGCUCUCUGCACGCCCAAGCAGAAUAAAUAUUCCCGACGACACGAGACGACCCCUCAGCGGCCAUACAACCGGACCAACAAGGACAAAUCCAGCUCACCGAUCUCCACCUGCCCGGACACACCUCGCAAAACUCUGAAGAAACUACGAAUUUUUGCCACGCCGCACAAAUCAGAGAGUCUUCCGCCCCAUGUGAUUGACACCCCCCGCGUGAGGGUGUCCCUCUUCAAUAAUGUGGAGCCUGCCACAACGUCCACCGCAGACCGCGUCACCAGGAGACAGUCCGCACCCCUGGUCAAUUUGAACCCCUUCAGUCCAGACUCCCUGCUCGUCCAGUCGGCCACGCAGAAGCGCAGCAGGAAGCAAGCUCACAGGGACUUCUCCAGUGGAGAAGGCAUGGAGACCAGUGAUGCUGAGAGAGACCAGGGAAUCCUGCCAGCAUCCAAGAAGACCGCCAUGAUGGAGAGCAACAUAAGCACUUCUCGCUACUCCUCAGAGUUCCUGGAGCUGGAGAAGAUUGGCUGCGGUCAAUUUGGCGUCGUGUUCAAAUGCGUGAAGAGACUGGACGGCUGCAUCUACGCCAUCAAACGCUCCAAGAAGCCUCUGGCCGGAUCGGUGGAGGAACAGAACGCCCUGCGUGAGGUGUACGCCCACGCUGUGCUGGUCCAGCACCCCCACGUGGUGCGCUACCACUCUGCGUGGGCCGAGGACGACUGCAUGCUCAUUCAGAACGAGUACUGUGACGGCGGCACGCUGUCCGACGUCAUCGCCGCCAACGCCGAGCGCCUGGCUCGCCCGACGGAGCUGGAACUCAAGGACCUCCUGCUGCAGGUCGCCAGCGGCCUCAAGUACAUCCACGCCAUGUCGCUGGUGCACAUGGACAUCAAGCCGAGCAACAUCUUCCUCUGUCGCCGCUCUGUCAGCCAGGAUGACAGUGACAACCUGAACACCAGAGUGGUCUACAAAAUCGGGGAUCUGGGUCAUGUGACACCAGCCAGUAAUCCUCAGGCAGAAGAAGGAGACAUUCGAUAUUUGGCCAACGAAGUUCUCCAAGAGGACUACACCGACCUGGCCAAGGCGGACAUCUUUGCCCUCGCUCUCACCAUCGUCAGCGCCUCUGGGGCGGAGCCUCUGCUCGCCAAUGGAGACGCGUGGCACGAGAUCCGCCGUGGAAAACUGCCCGCCAUGCCCCAAGCGUUAUCGCCGGAGUUUGUCAACCUGCUGGAGCUGAUGAUCCACCCUGACCCGGCCGCACGACCUUCCAGCUCUGACCUCGUCCGUCACCCGCUGCUCCUGGCGGGCGCCACAAUGAGCGCCGAGCAGCUCCGAGUGGAGCUCAACGCCAUGGAAUUUAAGAAUGCCCUCCUGCAGAAGGAGCUUCAGAAGGCCCAGAUGCCCAAAACGGCUGCCUAGGAGAGCAGCAGCGCAGAGACCCGCUCCAUCAGAACCUGCAGACAAAGUGGAAAGAUGAUGAGCCACUCUGACAGCUCUGCCAUAGUUUGAACAUCUAUGUUUGUUGUACAUAGAUGAACUUUGUCGUUUGCAAACUCAUACAGUUAUCUAAUCAACUUUUGAAUGUUCACCGUGAAAGAAAAGUGUUAAUCUAACUCUUAAAGAGUGAUAUGGAUAAAAGUUUUGGUUGAAAUUAGAGUAUAAUGUACUCUAUGGCCAGUGUCUGUUAAAAAUGACACUAAUGUAUGAUUGUUUUCAUUUCUCUACUGUUACUUUUACAUAUUUUGUGUGUCAUAUGACAAAGUA